UUCAGUAGAGGAAGAAAGUGGAGACGUCACAUGGAGAGAUACAACCAGCAGUAGCUGCUUCACCACUAAUCACACAACAUUAACAUAACUAGCUACUACAAGCUAACCUGGCUAGCUACAUGGGUCGCUGUUGAUUUAUCAUACAUUCGGAAUUGCAAAUCUGAACGAAACAAAAGCAGGAUUCAUUGACAGUACAAAACGGGACACAAAAUUACGGUCACAGACAGUUAUCGUGGCCUCUUCUUGCAUCCAGCUGGCAGGCUAUUUUGACUAGCUAGCGAAGCCAACGAUAGCAAACUCUGCUUUGGCUAGCGUCAGGCUAGCCAGCUAGCUAGCUAGCUACUAACGUCGCUAACGGUGGUUAGCUAGCUAGCGAGCUGUAGUAACUUGCGUCAUGGAUGAACUAGUCGUGGAAGUGAGGGGAACAAGUGGGGCCUUUUACAAGGCUUUUGUGAAGGAUGUUCACGAAGGAUCAGUCACUGUGGCAUUUGAAAACAACUGGCAGCCGGAGCGCCAGAUCCCAUUUCAGGAUGUGCGAUUUCCUCCUCCAACAGGGUUCUGCAAGGAGAUAAAUGAGAGCGAUGAGGUCGAGGUAUAUUCCAGGGCUAAUGACAAGGAGCCAUGUGGAUGGUGGCUGGCCAAGGUUCGCAUGGUCAAAGGAGAGUUCUAUGUAAUAGAGUACGCUGCAUGUGACGCUACAUUAAAUGAGAUAGUGACACUGGAGAGGUUACGGCCAGUCAACCCCAAUAAACCAGCCACAAAAAGCACCUUCAUCAAGAUCAGACUGGAUGUACCCGAAGAUCUACGGCAGAUGUGCUCCAAGGAAUCAGCACACAAAGACUUUAAGAAGGCUGUGGGAGCGUUCAGUGUCACCUAUGACUCAGAGAAAAAGCAGCUGGUCAUCUUGUCAGUGAAUGAGGUAACAACGAAGCGGGCCACUAUGAUGAGUGACAUGCACUUCAGGAGCCUCCGCACCAAACUGUCUCUCAUGAUGAGGAAUGAAGAGGCCAGCAGACAACUGGAGAGUUCCAGACAGCUUGCAUCACGAUUUCAUGAACAGUUUGCAGUUCGGGAUGAUUUAAUGGGUCUGGCCAUCGGGACUCACGGGGCCAACAUCCAGCAAGCUCGUAAAGUCCCUGGAGUAACUAAUAUAGACCUGGAUGAAGAGACAUGUACCUUUCACAUAUACGGAGAGGAUCAGGAUGCGGUCCGUAUGGCCCGGAGUUUCCUAGAGUUCUCUGAAGAUGUCAUCAAAGUUCCCCGGAACUUAGUAGGGAAGGUGAUUGGCAAGAACGGCAAACUGAUCCAGGAAGUGGUGGAUAAGUCUGGUGUGGUGCGGGUUCGUAUCGAGCCUGAAAACGACAAAAAGCCCUCACCAGCAGCGGCAGCAGCAGACGAGGGAAUGGUGCCAUUUGUAUUUGUGGGGACCAAGGAAAGCAUCUCUAAUGCUACAGUCCUGCUGGACUACCAUCUCAACUACCUUAAGGAGGUGGAUCAGCUUCGUCUGGAGCGUCUUCAGAUCGAUGAGCAGUUGAGACAGAUAGGAGGGGGAAGCGGAGGAGGAGGGACAGGGCCUCGAAACCCUAAAGACAAAACCUACGUGUUUGAUAAUGGCAUGGGGCUGGGGAUGGGGAGAGGAGGCAGUGGAGGAGGGAAGCCCUACACAGGAGGGGGAGGAAGAGGUGGACGAGGGCGAAGAGGAGGAGGUGCAGCUUUUGCCUCGGGCACCAACUCAGAGGCAUCCAAUGCUUCAGAGACUGAGUCAGACCACAGAGAGGAGCUCAGUGAUUGGUCGCUGGCCCCCACCGAGGAGCUGAUGACAGGAGGCGGAACCCUGCCCAGACGGACAGAUGGGAGGAAGAGAGCAGGCGGCGGAGGACCGAGGGGACGAGGGGGGAGAGGAAGAGGAGGAGGGUAUAAAGGUGAAGACAUGCAGUGGAGCGAGCCAAGACCUCGUCAUGUCAGAGACCCCAAGACAAGAGGGCAGGAAGACACCCUACAGAUCCGUGUGGACGGUAACAAUGAGCGAAGUGUGCAACACUCAUCAGGGGGGCGAGGAGGAGGGGGGCCUUCCCCCUCCCAGGGUGGCGUCGGUGCGAGCGGCGAGGGCCCAUCCCGCCAUCAUCAUCAGAGACCCAUCAGAGACCGAGGAAUGAAGAAGGACAAACAGGACGCUCCUCCGCUGGUGAACGGAGUGUCGUAGAUACACCACUGGAGGACCUUCUCACUUAGACACACACACACUCAGAAACAAACACACACACAGGCAACUGGUCAUAAACCAUUGUAGAGUCUCAGUCUCUCUCGCUUUUUCUUUCUCUGUCUCUGUCAAACACACAAAUACACAUAUUUCAUCAGCAUGGAAGUUUACCGUAGUGAAGUCGUAGACCAGAGGCCAUCUGGCAUCUGCUGGUCUGCUCUGUUGAGGUCUGGUCUUUGAGUGUAUUGGUCUGGUCUCUUCUUGACUGGUAUGAUAAUCUUGCGUUCCUUUCUGGAGUGACAAAUAAAAGACACCAUACUUUUUUGGACAAAGGAAAAGAAGAGGAGGGAUUUGACUAAAGUUCAUCUCUCACAGAGGCUUUAACUCCAAACAUACUCCCUUCUCAUCAACAACAAAUAUUUGUUUUUUCAGUUCAUUUUUUAAAUCAACUAAAUUGGAUGAUUUAAUUCUUUGCCACUGCCCUGUUUGGACUUGCUCACAAGAGAAAAAAGAAAUGAGGCGAAACAGGAAACAAGGAAUGGCAGCCACUUCAGAAAGCAGAAUAAAAUGUGUGUUCCUUCCCUUAACAUCUUAAGUUCAUCUUACUGAAAAAGGGGAAUUAUAGAGAUGAUUUAACAGCACACUAUUUUAGGAGGCAUCACUUUUUCCCACAGGUUGAGAAGUUAUUUUUGGUCAUUUAAAGCUCCAGAAGCAAACACUUUGGAGUCACACAUUUAUAAUUUAACUACACUGAUUGAGAAAAUCAUUUAGCAUCUUUCUAAACUGCUUUUUGAAAAGUGGCGGACGCAUUUUGGUGUCACCCAAUUAACCUCUCCACAUGGGAAACAUGCAUAGCUGGGCACUUAGGAUUCAACCAGCAGUGAAUGAUUUACCAGUCUCAUCAUUUAAGUCUGUGUUUUGUUUCCUGUUGUUUACAUAAUGUAAAAUUCCUUCAUUCUCUUCAGCUGUCAGACUAAGCAUGAAUUCAGAAAAUUACAAGGUAUAGCAAUGGAGAAACAUAAAUCUAAGGCACUUUGAUGAAAAUAAACUGAUAAAAAGAUUUUACUGAGGUAAAGGGAGAACUAUACCAACUCCUUGUGAUGAACUGCUGUCCUAUUAGAAAUUAAUUAUUCACCUGUUGGUUGAGCUGGUCAUGGGACUAGGCCAAAAGUGAAUCACUAUCUCCUUCAUAAAAAUGCUGCAGUAGUAAAAGAAUUAGAAAUUCUAAAUCUAACAUACUUUGGCCAGAAAUGCAGGUAAAACCAGUAUAUUCACGAUGUUAUACAGUUAGAGAAUAAACAAUGACUCAUGACCAGAGAGUUCAGUACAGUCACAAAUAAAAGUGUCCUGACGCUCUCAUCAGGCUUCAUGGCUGCUCGUCUGCAGUGGUCUCAGCAGCAGUGGAUCUCUGCUGUCAACAGGAAUCAGCAUCUUGUUCCAGACUGAUCAGGGAUAGGGUUAGAGCCUUUUUAACCUCAGCAGUGGCAUGUUUGACAGUGAGGGCUUAGGCUGCAACAUAGACCCAGUAGUUCCACUUACUUCACAUAUAGCAAAGCAGUCUUGACAGUAACUUGCAGGAUUAAGGCAGCAACAUCAUUAAUGUAGAACUCCUGUCUCCUGAUCUCAUGAGCUUUUCUUUAAUUUAUGAAAACCUUUGUACUUUUUGUUUUGCAGUUAGUUUUUCAACUGUAGAGUUAUACAUUGACAAAAUAAAAAUUUGGUUUAAGUUUUAUUCUUGGUUUUCCAACUUAUUCUGGGCUCACCCCUCUUACUUUGAUUUCAUUUUGUUAUUUUCUGUUUGCUGCAUUUCAUAAAUGGUAGGGUGGAAGAGAGAGUCUGAAUUCUAAUCUGAAUCCCAACAAAUUUUCUUAAAGGUACAACAAAUUCCAUACACUGCUGUAAUCCUUAUGUGCUUAUAUGAAACAACAAUAAUCAGGUUUUUUUUUAGUGAUUUUCACAACUAUUCAGCUGAAUUGUGCAUUUCUCUACUUCCUGCCUUUAAAAUAUGGGACCUGUCACCUGAGAUUAAGUUAAAGUCACAGUAAAGUUUAGUGAAACCACUCUGAGCGAAAAUAUAAGGUCAUGUUUAAUGAAGUAAGGUUUUCAUCUGUAAGUCUUCUUAAAUCCCCUCUGCGUGGAGAGCAAAGAGUUCCUGUAGGACAUAAUGAGUCUGUCUUUAAAUCUUUGUGCCUUGAAUUUAUGCUCCUCUAUUUCUGUGAAUUUGGCCCAUUCUCACCACUCUGAAUAGAUCAAAGCUUUUUCUACUGUUUGUUCAAACCCAGUGUAACAUCCCUACUGUUUCCUUCUGUUAUGUUUAGGACAUAGAGUACAUGAGUGUUCCUUACAUGGAUGAUUUAUUCUGUGAUCCUAUGCAUUUCUUCUUCUGAAUUCUUUUGGGGAGACCAAAUGGUCUAAGAUGACGGACAGAUUCUGGUAAAGUAUAUUUGUCCCAGACAAGGUCCAGUCCUCCAGUCUUGUCCUGAACAUGUCUGCCUCAUGUGAGAGCUCUGUGACUUACUGACAUAGAUGUAAACAACAAGAGGACUAGAUAGUUGUGUCAUCAACAAACCAACAUCAGAACAGAACAAACAAGGUUUUGGUUUCAAGCUGUCAUCUUGAAGUGUUCCAACCUGCUGUUUGGUUGACACCACAGAGAGUUCAUAAAUAUUCUGCAUGGAAAGAUUCCUUAGUGGCAUCAUUAUCAUCAAAAUAAGUACGAUUUGUGGCAUGAUGGCCUUUACUUAUCAUUUACGCCCUCACUUGACCCAAACUGUAUCCGAAAUUUAAACUGACUGCAGUAACUUCUAACUAGUGUAGAAAGUAUUUGUGGAUUUAUGAUUGAAAAUGAGAUUCAUAAUAGCAUUUGUUUGGAUAUUUUUUGAAAAAAAUGCUGAAAUGUGCGAAAGUCUCUGUAAAACAAAAAGCAAAGCAAAAAAAAAAAAAAGUUUCUCUGUGCAUUCAUGGGCUUGUCGAUGUUAAAAAUACUGUAUUGCAUCAAAUUACUGUAAUUCGUAACUGUAACAAGUUCAGUAUCCAGCUGUGUACUGGGACUAGCAGUGAUUUUCAGUUUGUGUUACUAUGUGCUAAUGUUGUGGUAUCAAGUACUUAAAUCUGUUCAUUCAGUUGUUCCUGUAGCCUUGGAAUCAUUCAGGAAUAAUCUUGUAAAAUUAGCCAACAAAUUUAGCCUCCCUCUUUCUGGUGCCCUUAAAAGAGUGUGACAUUUAGGAAACUAUGCUUCCUCGCCUUCUUGCUGAGAGUUAGAUGUCAAGAUUGAAACCACUCUCUUGGGUGUACGCUAAAUGUGAUGCUAGAACCAAGCAGGCGAUUUGCUUGACUUAGCUUAAGGCCAGGAACGGGGAAAAACCUAGCCUACCUUUGUCCAAAGCUAACAAAAUCCAGCCAGCACCUUUAAAGCUCACUAAUUAACAUGUUAUAUCUAGUUUCUGAAAUUUAUGUGAAAGCCAAAAUAUUAAAACAAAAAUUUGCAGUUUUUGGGCUGGGAUUAUUUCUUGGUAGUGGCAGUAACUUCUAGGCUAGCAGUUUCCCCCUGCCUCUAGUCUUUAUGCUAAGCUAAGCUAACCGCCUCUGGAUCUAGUUUGAUUCUUUACAGACAGAUUGUGGUAGCAAACCUCUGAUCUAAAUCUUGGCCAAAAAAAAAAAAAAGUGAACUUUCAAUGAACAGCCUUCAUCAUCAGAUUUAAUUGUAAUGUACACAUUACAGUUUUAUUGUGUAAAAAAACCCAAACUCUUGUCUUUCAUGCUACAAAGCUGUGAAUGCUCAGAGAAACUUUACCAUAUUUUGUGUGACAUGUGCCUUUAAUUGUGGCUAGUAUCACAACCUAGACAUGUAAAUCAGGGAUGAUGAGGAGACAUUGAAACAGACCAGAUGGGUAAAGAUGGCUUUUUUUUUUCCUGAAGCAACAUAAUUAACUCUGGGUUGUCACUGGCAAAGCUGAGCAUUUCUGAGCUUCCUCUAAACUCAUUGGACAGGUGUUCAUUGUAAAGGUGAUUUUGGCUCACCAGGAAACUGCCUUCUUUUACCACCUGGUCCCUUUUAAACACUGAACGUGUUGUAUCCUUGUACAGUCGACAAACAUAAGCCUGUAGCUUAUGACCUGGUUCAAUUGAUCUGUGAAAUGGAUUCAGUUACUUUUGUAGACCUAGGUGCAGCUCAUAAACUUGAGUGGCUCUUCGGCACCUUUGGCCCUGUUUCAAAGUCAAAGACAGCCAUUCCCCAUGCAGACCCCUUUUUUAAAAAUUUAAUCUUGGGAUGCAAAAUAGUGUGACCCAGUGUAACUUUAUUCCCUAUCUCUCUUUCCUUCCUGGAAAGUAAUGAAAGGAACUGAAAAGAUUUCAGAGGUUGAGCCAGGUCUUUUCUUUACCAGAGAUCAGUGAACCUUCCUAGUCUUGCAAUGCAUGCACAUCUUUUAUUAUGGAUUUUGGAGACAUUCAGUAGCUUUGGACACGUUAAAAAGACAUAAGUUUAGUUUUUUAAUCAGUGUUACUUUGUCUCAUUUUUCCUUGACCUAAGACUGGCUGGAGUCAUGGAGUGAUGAGUAAUGUCUUCUGACAACCACCAGCUUAGAGUCAAUGACAUGAGAAACUUUUACCUUUUAGGAAAAUGUCUCCAGAAACUGAUGAAUCAUGAAACAGGCUUUUUUUUAGAAGUUAAUUUUCCUUUUUCAAAAGUAUUAUUGGUGUCAGUUUCUCUAUCACUAAUCUUUUAGGACUUUUGCUUUCACUUGGUGUUCAAACUGCAGCCAUGUUGCAUUUUUACUCAGUAAGCAUUCUCUGCAGUGCAUCGACAAACGGCUCAAGUAAAAGUCACCUCUAUAUUGUCAUUAGAGCAUCAACAGUAUGGAGUUGCUUUGUAUUGUGAAAACAACACACAAAAAAAAAAAAAAAACAUGAUGGGAAAAAGAAGGGAGGGUGGCAUACUGUAUAUAAUGAUGUCAUUAUUUGUCUGAGAAAAGAUUUGUACUAUUGUUUCAAAUGUGCACUUAUCCUGAGAUUUUCUUUUUUGCUGUUUAAUAUCAGUUAAUGCUAGAGCUCUUGAUAAUAAACUUAAUGAUGUGUGAAAAAAUA